CCUCCCACAACACAACACUACACUGUAUCUGUGCCACAACACAAUGGGGCUGUAAUGUCAGCGACAGGCGAGAUUAGAGCAUCUUCUCAACAGUACUGAGUCUGUGUAUGGAUUUAAUGAUGAUGAAAAAGAAGAAAUUCAAGUUCAAGGUGGAUUUUCAGCUGGACGAGCUCUCGUCGGUCCCCUUUGUCAACGGUGUCCUCUUUUGUAAAGUCAGAUUGCUGGACGGCGGCUUCUCCGAGGAGUCCUCUCGGGAGCCAGUGCAGGCCAAUUGUGUUCGAUGGAGGAAACAGUUCUCUUUCCCCUGCAAGAUGAGUGCCAAUGCAGGGACAGGUGUACUGGACCCUUGUGUGUGUCGUGUAUCGGUCAGAAAGGAACUGAAGGGUGGGAAAGCAUAUGCAAAGCUUGGUUUUGCAGAUCUGAAUUUAGCAGAGUUUGCCGGCUCAGGGAAUACAACCCGCAGAUGUCUGCUGGAAGGCUACGAUACCAAAAAUACUCGUCAGGAUAAUUCCAUUCUCAAGGUAAUCAUCAGUACACAUCUCAUGUCAGGAGAUCCCUGUUUUAAAACGCCUCCCUCCACAGCCACAGUGAUUGGGAUCCAGGGUGACGGAGAGAGCCUGCUGGAGGAGAGGAGGGGAGGAGACUCACAGAAAGGCUGUUCUGCAGAGAGUCGUGAAGGGAAGUGUCCGGUUGUUUCUGAUGAGCUGGGGGGCUGCGGCCAUUCCCGUACAUCCAGCUACGCCAGCCAACAGUCCAAACUUUCAGGCUACAGCACGGGACACUCCCGCUCAUCCAGCAUGUCAGAGUUCAGCCAUCGGAGAAACCAUUCAGUGGGCAGCGCCUCAACGGGCAUCGGCAGCAUCCCAGAACCCAGCGAGGACCGAGACAAAGAGUCGAGACCCUGUCCUGCACUCCCUGAACACCCAGUCUCCUCCGCCACCACUAGCAACCCACAAGGCACACCAGUACGGAGUGCCUCAUCCUGUGAACGACUCAACAGACAUCCAGUGAAACAAGACUCCAUGGAGUCUCAGCUAAAGAGAAUGGACGACACACGGGUGGAUGCUGAUGAUGUUGUGGAAAAAAUUCUUCAAAGUCAAGAUUUCACACCCAGCUUACUGGACUCCAGUGCUGAAGAGGAAGGCUUGCGUCUGUUUGUUGGGCCUGGGGGAAGUACAGCCCUUGGAAGCCAUCACCUUCCCACCAGGGUUGGAGCUGGAGCGUAUGAGCAGGUGGUGAUAAAGCGUUAGACCUACAGCCUCCUUUAUGAUGGACUGACACUGCUCACAUCCAAAAAAUUGGAAACAAGGCUGUGUCCAUUUCAAUCUCCAUUCCUAAAGCUCAUUACCUGAUCAGCAUGGUGUCUAACCUGAUCACCCUUUGAAAGGUUGACAUUACAACAGUGCCCUCCUGUGUUCAUAUCUGCCGUUUGACACAGUAGCUUCCUGGCAGAUUUUUAACUGGCAGAGGUGGACAGUUAUCAUCUCAAUGUAAACACACACAGCUGUGAAUUAAGGAAACUGAUACAUUGACCAGAUUGUUCAAAUCAUUUAACGUAUGUCACAGAAACUGCCAACACCUCACUUUCUGGGGAUCAACUUUGUCACCCAGCAUCCAACCCCAAAUCAUAAACUGUUAGUGACCGGAAGAAAAUGAUUAACCUUUCAUCUCCAAUGGAGGACUGAAGGACUGACUCGAAGGGAGAUCUACACUGAAGAGGAGUAUGCCAUACGUUUUCAAUACAUUCCUUUUGCCUCAGUGUUUAUUUUAGACGUCCUUCUUAAACAGGAUGUUCUAUUUAAUAUUAGCCUAUAAGCUGCAGUUGUUGGCGCUCUAACAACAGUCGGUGUUUUGGAGCUGAGAAUAUUUUACUAUGAAGACGAGGCGUCAGACUUGAGCUAUUAGAUGUGUGAACGCGGGCUGUGAGUGUGGUUAUGUGUCUGCUAUGUAGUAAGACUACUUGUAUUAGUAGUAACACAGUGUCUCCCCUAGGUUGACUGCCUUGACAGGGGGGGUGGGGGGUAGGGGGGGUGUCGGCUCUCUUUGUAGCUGUAACAGCAGGAGAACUGCUACGGCUCUUAGGACUACCUUCCCCGACAUUAGCAGCAGAGCUGCUAGUGUCCUCGCCACUGUUACACUGCUAUUUUGGCCCGACUUUCAGAUGGUUGGGGUUGACGUCAGUCUUUGGUUUUAGAGGGAUUUAUAACAGUUGUUGGAAAGCUUUUAUUGCACUUACCGUAACAAGAUGUCAACUUGUCUCCUCCUCCUUCCCCACAAGCUAGUGGUAGGGGAAACACUGAGUAACCGUUAUCCUGUUAUCUUGGAUGAGGGAUGGAUAUAUGAUCUAUUGUGAGAAAUGCUUUGUUGGUACUUUCAAAGAGAAAAUGAGAGAAUACGACAGUUUGCUUACUUGUAAUAAUAGAGGUCCCUCUUUGCUCUUAUCUGCUGAGGAUUGUUGUAGAAAAUCCUACAGUACUUAUCUGCCCUACACAAGCAAAAAGCAUCAACAAUGUAUUUGGUCAAAACUCAGUUGAGACCCAGAUCUGACCUUCUGAAAUCUGCUUUGCUGUAUCACCAAAACAAUACUGUAGAAAUGCAAAAUUCCUGUUAAAAAAGAGCUUUCAAACACCAAAACACAGAAACUGCACUCUGGCCGUAUAGAUACUGCACUCUGGGUUUGUAUUGCUCCUUGGUUUGCGGUAAUUACACUUUGGUUUCUCCUUCAUAUACAGCCUACUUGAAGCUAAGGCAAUGCAGCUACGUAUAUGAAAGUUAGCUGGGGACAUAGCCACACCUAGCCUGAAGUUCAAACAGAUGCACUUUUUGCCCUUGUUAUAUGUAAAUGAAAAUAUUGUCAGUUACUCAGUUUCUUAUUCCACGUAACUAAAUGAGACAGAAAUGACUGAGAAAAAAAACAGCAAACUACUGCUUAGGGUAACUAGCUUAGCAGACCUUAGUGACUUCCAUUUUUGCUUUUCACUCCAGUGAGUUAGGUCGUGUGAUUUGGUGUAGUUAAGCUGCCACUAAGUCACAUAUUGUAAUGUACUAAAUAGUAAAUUCAAUUAUGAAUUUAGUUUUACAGAUACAAAUCAGAUUCCCAUCAGCUAUAAACUAAAUAAUCAAAAUAAAGUUUAUUUUCUUGAUUAAACUAGCUUAAAAGGGGAAUAAAUCUAAAAGAACACAUUUUGUUGGUACAUACUGUGUUUUCAUUACACAUCCCCUGAAAAUAAUCCAAAUGCAGAGUGCAGAAUCUAUGGCAAUGACUUUUUGGGGGUAAAAUAAUCAGGCUAAACAGUUGAAAAUAAAGGUAUUGCAAUAUUUGUAUGUGUUACAUACUUUGCAAGCCAGCCUCAAAACAUCUAACCUGUUUUAUCUUGACAUCACUGUUUCUGUAAAUUACUGCUCUCUGCCUAUGUAGGGCAGUAAAUGCUGAACAGAAUAGUGGCUCUUAUGGUAAAUACGCUUGAAUGGGUAUAAAUCCCAGUGUUUCAGAUGCGUAUCUAUUUUAUAUCUACGCUUUUCAGCUAUAUUUCUCUGAGCUCGCCUGUUGACCGGGUGGCUUAUAUCAGUGAACAAAUCAAAGCUCCUGUUAGGCAUAGACAAUUUCAACACUGCAGUAUACAGUACAGUGAAAGACUAGUUUAAGUAACCCACUGCCAUGAAGAAAACACUAAACAACAGUAGCAACAUAUCAACUGUUGGGUCAAGCAGUCAGAUUCAUAUACGAUUAGUUCUACAGAAAGAAAUCUAAUGUAACAACAAUAUAAAUCUACUGAGAAUUUUGAGAUCCUGCUUGUGUCAUGCAUAUAGACCAUUUGCAUUUCUAACCUAAUAGGGGAUUAGGUUACAAUUUUUUAGACUGAGAGCAAAUUAGCCAAAGUACACAGAUCUUCUCAGGCCUAUGCAUAACCUGUAAUGACAAUACUAGACAAAUUAUGACUAGCGAACAGACUAUACAGUAUCUGCAAUCUUCAGUCUCCUGUUAUAACCCAUAGCAAAAGUGGGAUACAGCCUCUUCUAGAUAAACUAUAUACAUGUUAUAUCAAUAUCUGCACAAGCGUCAUCAGUGUAUGGUGUUUUAACUAUACGUCAGUGUUCUCUGUUUUUAUGUUUGUGUGUUCUGCAUGAUUAAGAUGUCCUUUUGUUAGCGUGCAGAACUUGACAAAUCAUCUUUUUCCUAAUUUGAUAUUGUGCCAUCUUUUAAUCUCAAAUUUUGACACUGAAGGAACAAUUUCACUAGGCUGUCCAGCAUGUAGAGUCAUUUUGUUCUCAUUACUUAUUGUUGAAAGCAGAUAUCUGCACAAAUAUCAGUGUAUAACUGUAAAUCCGUGUUCUCAUUUUGUAUUUGUGUGUGUCUUUUUUUAUGUUCAGCAUGGUUUAAAUGUCCUGUGUUGAAAAUCACAUCUAUAGGAUAUCGGUGUCUUUGUUUUUGAAUCUUUCAUUGCUGAUAUUGUGCCAUAUUUUAGCUAAAUAUUUUAUUGUUUAGGGUAAAAAAAACAUUCGCACUACAUAGUUAAGACAGUAUUAAGAGUAUAGCUACCAAAUGUCAACCAGAUUUUUUUUUUUUUUUGUCUUUUUGGAUAAAAAUCACUUGUUUUACCUGUGCGUCACAGGUAUGUUCAUCUUGGUACCUAACAUGUUGUUACAAACAUGGUUGCUUCUUCUCUUCUGUGAAGCUGUUGUCUAUAUAAAACUGUAAGACGUAUUCUCCUGUAAAGUGAUGUUCUGCGCUGUUUUGACACUGUCCAGUGUUACCUGUUACAGACUUGUUCUUUCGACCAACAUUUGCUUCCUUAACAAGUGUACUGGAUGCUUCAAACGUGUACCUUGCACUGAAUUAAACCGUUUAAAAGCCUCAGCAAAUA